AUGUCUAGCAGAAUCAAGGAAACUUCAGAAAACAUUUCUGCUAAAUUAUUGGAAACAUCUCAUAUUGGACAUUCAGAAGAAGACAAUGAUUUCGAGUUGUCUCUGUUCUCCCAAGCCACUGAAAUGAUGUGGAAGUUCAUCCCGCCUGUCAUCCUCGUGCUCGGCACCUUCGGCAACGUGAUGACCAUCGUGAUGAUGAGGCGAAUGAGCGAGGGCCAGUCGUCACACACUAUGUCCUUGUACUUCACAGCGCUGGCCGUGUCUGACCUCGUCCUGUUGUAUGCUGGACUGCUCCGAAAAUGCGCCAUCAACUUUUAUCUUUACUGCCUCAGCGGUGCUCGAUUCAGAGGCGAAGUAAAAAAAAUAUUUUGUGGGGAACAAAGCUCACAAAAACAAUCCACGACUACCAUCCCUAUGACUAUUAACACCCGCAAUGAUUUUUGA